UUAUGAUCUGCUUUAUCUGUUUUGAAUUAUAAGAUGUUCUAAUUCCGAAAUAAUUGUCGCUGGCGAAUUCUAGUGCAAGUUCAGGCACGUUACGAAAUUAACGUAGUUUCCCUUUUUACCCCCGCGUCACCCACAACGCUCACUCCACUCACCCUCUCUUCUUCCUGUCACCCUCGCUCUCGUCGCCCUCUCUUCUCCCCACCACCUCGCCGGUCACCACCUCGCCCACCUCGCCAGCCACCAUCUCUCCCCGUCGCCGCCAUCCACUCGCACCCCGCUCCACUCACACCCCACAUCCAGGGUCAAGCUUUGAUGCACCUGCUCUGGAUCUGGCGAUGGAGGCGGUGGAUGCGGGAGAUGGGGACGAGGCCGUCGCGGUGGUGUGCCUGGACCACAUCCUCAAGCACGCCGGUGGCGCCACGGAGGAGGCCGAGCGCAUCCGCCGCUGCCACAACGCCGACGGCGCCAUGGAGUACUGGCUCGAGCCGGAUGAGCUCGCGGCCCUGCGCCGGGAGGUCGGCGCCGACCCGUACUGGGUGCCGCCAGGGUGGAAGCGCGGAGACCCCGUGUCCGCUGACGGCUACGCGCUCAACGUAAAGAUGCAGGUGGAGGAGCUCAGCAAGGAGCUCGCCGGAGUAAAAAGGAGCAGAAAGGAGCAGCGAGCAGCGGCGGCUGACCUCGAGCUCUCGAUUGGAGUGGAGGGAGGCGGCCGACGAGGGAUCUGCGGCCAGCGGGGAAGGAUCCUGAGCUGCGGCGGAGCAGCCAGCCGAUGGGGAAAGGCGGCCGCCGACGAGGGAGCUCCGGACCGCGGCGAGGCAGCUUCCGAUCGCGGCGGGGAAGGGCGACCAAAGAGGGGAUCUGGCUCUCGAUUGGAGCAGCGCAGGCAACCUCCGGGGAAGGACGCCGGAGAUGCGGACGGCGGAGGAGCCUGGCGAAGGGAAGGAGCGACGGAGAAAGACGACGACCCGAGCGAUUUCAAAGCAGGGGCAGUUUUGUAAUUUCACUAGUUUUCACCUGGUCGGAAAAGACACCCCAGCGACAAUUAUUUCGGAACGGAGGGAGUAUUUGUUCACUUAUUUCAGUAGGUAUGUAGUUUAUAGUAUUAAAAUAUACAAAACAUCUUAUAAUUUGAAA